AUGAAUCAACCCUUGACCUUUCUGCUGCACCUGCUACUCUUUGUCCCGCUCGUCUACGCCGCCAAUGCUACAGUCUCCGUCUACGACGAUUCCGACAAGUACAAAUACUUUGGGUGCUACAACGAGACGACCCAAGUUCCCGGCUCGGCCGACACGCGCGCCUUAGGCGGAGGUAUCCAGGAGAGUCUGCCGGGUGCGAUGACGGUGCCGACAUGUCUCGCCUUUUGCGGCAAUGGUGCCACGGAGUAUCGGUAUGCGGGACUGGAGUGGUCGAGAGAGUGCUGGUGCGCCCAAACACUGUCCGGCAUAGCUGAGAAGCUCGAUGAUACGGCCUGCAACUAUCCCUGCGAGGGUGACAAUACGACCGCCUGUGGUGGCUCUUUGAAGCUGACCGUCUAUCGUGUUUCUUUGGCGAGCGGGCUGUCUGCUCCUGGCCUAUUUAGCCUCGCCACCACAGGGUUGGCCAUGAUGAUGUUAUGGUAA